CGCUUCCAAUAUGAUGCACGCUUUUCCCACUACUUCUAGCAAGCUUUCUUUUCGUUCUUCGACAACGCCUCGUGGUCGGAUUUUUUACCCUCCGAAUUUAGACAAUUUAUCUGGAAUCUCGGCCUUUUUCUGAUCUACAUGCAUUACUCUUCGAGGUAUAAGUAAUGGAAGGCCAUCACCAGCAGUCUAAUGCAGCAAAUAUGCACCAGCAACACACAAAUCCUGAACCAACUAUAAAAAAUCGGGGUGGAGGAGGUGGAACAGCAGGCAAAACCAGCAAAAAAAGGAAAAGGAACCAAGAUCUUGGCCCUGGUGCUCCUCGUCAACCUGUAAACGGUUAUGUGAGGUUUCUAAACGAAAGAAGAGAACAGGUUCGGGCUGCAAAUCCUAGUGCAGGUUUUGCUGACAUUAUGAAAAUUAUGGCCCAAGAAUGGACUCAAUUACCUGCUGAGGAAAAACAGAAAUAUAUGCAAGCUGCUGAACAAGACCGCCAACGUUAUCAAAAAGAGCUGCAAGAAUAUCAACAGACAGAGGCCUAUAAAAGUUAUGUUCAACAGCAACAACAGCAACAUGUUCAACAACAGUUGCACUUGCAGCAACAGCAAAGACAAGCUAUGCAAGCCACUCAUCAACCUCAGUCACAGCAACAACCAGCAGCACAUUCAUCUCACAGCCAAGUCCAGGCGCAGCCAUACAUCCAACAAAUCCAGAGUUACAACCCACAGUUGCAUAUUGUUCAACAUAUGCAGCCAGGGCAGCAUCAACAGCACGGCGAUAGAAGUAACAACGCCACUGGUCACCGUACUGAUGGGUCAGGAAAUCAAGUCGGUGUUUUCGACAUUCCCAUCUUCACGGAAGAAUUUCUCGACCAUAACAAAGUGAGCAUUGCACCAAUGCAUGGGUCUGGCUAUUCCUUCUUACCCACCACCUUGAAACCGUUUCCUUCAAACCCUGUUAUGUUUGAUUUGGCUUUAAAAAUUGAAUCAAUAGUAGAGGCUAAACGUGCCAAGCUGCCGAUGUGUCAUUUUCUCGUGUAGCAAUUGAGAUGACGGCGUUUUUAAAUGCAAGAAACUUGUUUUCUAUGAAAAAAAUUUAAGUCCAUUCUUUUUUCUUAUUCUGCUACCGUUAUAUAACUUUACCGCCUCGAGUAUGUCUAAUGGGGAAUUCUCUAUUAAGGUUACGUAAAUGGAUACCUAGUGAUAAGAAGUUGUAUGGGAUUUUUUUUUUUGUUAAUUCCAAAGCUUAUUUGUUGAAUGAAUAAAUGUAAUGCCUGGGUAGCGAA